UUCUUGGGACUCGGGAUUUUAUUUUGGAGAACCGCGUACCGGAAGCGGCUCUUAUUGCAGUGAACUUGUCGCAGGCGGAAGCAGCUGAACCCGUGAGAGUGAAUCUCGGGUGUGUGACCGGAGCUCCGGUGAUCCAUCCAUGGACUGAACCGGCUAUCAGUACCGUGUUGAUCCGGUUUGUUCCGGACUGUUCUGAUGUGACGGACUACUCCUGUCCCGGUGUGACCGCCCCCGCCCCACUGUGGCGGCCCGUUGUUAGCUGUUAGCCUGUUAGCUUCAGAGUGAGUUCAGUCAGAGUUUAGUUUGAGGGUAAAAGAUGUCGGGGGCAGACCUGAGGGGGCAGUUCCUCUACCACCUGCCCUCCUCCGUCCUCUGGGAGUUCUGUCGGGUCAUGGACGGCCUGUCAGACCUGGACUGGACCCGCUUCGCCUCAGAGGUCCUGGGCGAUCAGACCGCCGUGCGAUUGGCUGAGAGGAAGGAGAGGAGGACUGACUGGGUGAUGAACCAAUGGGAGAACAGGAAUGGCAGAGUUGGGGAGUUGAUCGACCUAUUAGAGCGUCUGCAGCUGUUACGUCCCCGUGAUGUCAUCCUGGGGUGGACAUCCAGUCCAAGGCCGUUCUCCUCCCUCCCUCCUCCUCCUCGUCCCCCUCCUGCUUCUCAUCGUCCUCACGUCUCCCUCCCUCAGUUCGACCCCCCUCCCAAACCCUAUGAGGCCACGCCCACACUGAGCACCCUCAGACUGACCACGACAGCAGAUGAAGGAGGAGUAGGAAGACCACUACCUGGACCUGACCCGCCCCCCAUCGGUCUGAAGACUGAACCGCACCGCCCCCCCCCCCAGCCCUCCCAGGUGGUGGCCUGCGGCAGUGGAGGCCGGGUGAUGUGCUGGUCGUUUGAAGAGGUGCAUGCUGGGACAGAUGGGUUCUCCCCCUCCCUGCAGGUGGGGGAGGGGGGUUUUGGAGUCGUGUAUAGAGCGACUCUGAACAACACGGACUGUGCUGUGAAAAGACUGAAACAGGACGGCCUGUUGGACCUGACUCUGCUGACGAACAGUUUCCAGACUGAGGUGGAGAACCUGUCCAGGUUCAGACACCCCAACAUCGUGGACCUGCUGGGCUUCAGUGAAGGAGGAGGAUCAGUGUGUCUGAUCUACAGCUACAUGGUCAACAGAUCCCUGGAGGACCAACUACACAAUGAGUGUGUGGUUCUCUCCUGGUCUCACAGAGUCCGGAUCAUGGAGGAGGUCUCUACAGCUCUGCAGUUCCUCCACUCGCCCCCCGACGGGCACAAACCGCUCAUCCACGGAGACGUCAAGAGCUCUAACAUCCUGUUGGACCGUCACCUGGUGGCAAAGCUAGCAGACUUUGGUCUGGCUCGGUUGGCGUCUGGCAGCUCGUCGGGACGCUCGGUGACUCAGACGGCGUCGGUCGGUAAAACUGAGACAGUCAGAGGAACGCUGGCAUACCUGCCUGACGAGUACGUGAGGAACAGAGAGCUGGGCCCCGCUGUGGACGUCUUCAGCUUCGGAGUGGUGUUGUUGGAGGUGCUGACUGGUCGUCGAGCUCUGGAGAAAGACAAGAAGUUAGGAGAGAGAUAUCUGAAGGACCUGGUGGAGGAGGUGUCGUACACUCUGUCUGGUUCAUCUACAGCAGCCUGGAGGAAACAUUUGGACCAGCAGCUGAUCACAGGGGGCGCUGCUGAUCCUCCUGCCUGUAUGCAGCUGGUGUCUCUGGCCUGCACAUGUUUGGAUAAGAAGAGGAAGAAGAGACCGGUCAUGACCGAGGUGUUUCACAAACUUCAGGAGAUCCACAGAGAGGUGAAGACGACCGGCUCCUCCCGCUCCUCCCCCCGCCUCCAUCACCCCCCUGCCCCCUCCCAGGCCUUCCCCCGACCCCCCUGCUCCCUGGACUCCAGUGUGGGAGCUCUGUCCAACCAGCUGUCCAGACUGGGACCGCUGGAGGACACCUACCAGCCCUCCUCCUCCUCUCUCUGCGCACUCACCCUCCCUCACCCGCUCCACUCCUCCUCCUCCUCCUCGUCCUCCUCGUUCGUCGGUCCAUGUGAAACUGACGAGAGUCGAGGUUUGUCCCAGUUCAGAUCAAACGGGACCAGCUCCAGGUCUCUGUCCCCGUCCUCCAGAGACCAGUAUCACUGUCCAACCCCAUUCAGCCAGCCCUCCGUCUCCACUGAGGACCAGUACCAUUUCCCCCCUCUGCCCAGCAGCUCCAGGGACAGAUCCGGGACUGGGGCCCUCACAGGACCAGGGACCACAGGGGGGGGCACAGGGGGGGCGACAGUGAGGCUCUACAAUGUCCCAGGAUCCCUGUCUCCCGCGGGGUCCCUGCAGUCGUCGUCCCCAGGGCCCUCAGUUGAUGUGAAUCCCAGUAAGCAGCGUUUCCUGGAGAAGAAAACACUGUAUGAGGAGGGACAGAUCCAGACUCCUGAGCUGCUGUCGUCUGACGACCUCUAUGGGGGAGUCAGCGCAGAGUCCAGAGGACCAGAGGAGAGUGAUGAGUUGGAUUAUCUUCCUGUCAAACACCACUGAUGGAUUGACUCAUCGUGAGCAGAGGUCACAUGACGGCGUCUCGUCUCCAGGACCAAAGAGUCUGAUGCACCCUGUCGACCUGCAGGUGGCGCUGUGUCUCAGAUACCUGUUGAAUCCGUUAACUGUGCAGCAGUGUUUAAACCCAGAGAGAGCUUUUUAUAAAAAUCCGCUCAAACAGACGCCACAAUCAUUUCACUCUGAAAUCACAUGAAGGUACCACGGACUGAGCACCUGUCACCUGCCCAUGCUGAUCACGUUGAUCAUUGAUCAGCUCCAAUUAUUUAUUCCCAUCUGGUCACAAAGACAAACAUUUAUUAUCUGAAACACAGAACUCACAGUAUUUACACUUUAUUAUCAGUGACUCUCUCAUUCAGUGUCAUUUUUAACACUUUGCUUUUUAUAGAUUUUUCAGAGUUGAUAAAAAUAAACUGUCAUCAUGAUGAACA